GGGCUCAUGUGGGUGCCCGGCGGGGUGUCCCAGCGCCGGCUGGGCUCGUGUGGCGGCCCGCUGCGGUGACCUGGAGCCCAGCGUGAUGUCCUGGGACCCGGUGUUUGCUUGCAGUGGUGCCCAGUGGGGUGACCUGAAGCCGAGCAUGUGCUUGUAUGGUUGCCCAGUGUAGUGUCCCGGUUUCUGCUGGUAUGGGUGCCCAGUGCGGUGUCCUGGUCCCCAGCACACACUUAUACUCGUGCCUGGUGCAGUGACCUGAAGCCCAGCAUGUGCCCGUCUUGGGUGCCCGGCGCGGUGUCCUGUGCCUGGCGCGGUGUCCUGUGCCCCUCUUGGGUGCCCGGCGCAGCAUCUCAGAGCACCAAGAACUUGUGUUUGUACAAGUGCCCAGCACGGUGACAAGGGGGGACAACCCAGCAUGGGCUGAGGUUAUGGCCUUGGUGGGACCGGACCUAAGCCCCUCCUCCACCCCCAGUGCUCACCCUCUGCUGAUGGUGGUUAACGGAGUUGGCCCAAGCUUUGCAUCCCCACCGACAUUUUCUUUCCAUUCUCAGUAAAAGCGACGAUGCCAAUAUGGGUGGUCCUUCUUUCGCGGAUCAUAAUGAAGGAAAAGCAGACGACGAAGGUGUACUUGUCUCUGAUCCCCAUAAUAACUGGUGUCCUGUUGGCCACCGUCACGGAACUUUCCUUUGACAUGUGGGGACUCAUCAGCGCACUUGCUGCUACUCUGUGUUUUUCACUUCAGAACAUCUUCUCAAAGAAGGUGUUAAGAGAUUCCCGAAUACAUCAUCUUCGGUUGCUGAACAUACUUGGGUGCCAUGCUGUGUUCUUCAUGAUCCCAACAUGGGUUUUGGUAGAUCUUUCUUCGUUCUUAGUAGAAAAUGACUUGAGCACAAUGUCUCAUUGGUCCUGGACCCUGAUGCUGCUUAUAAUCAGUGGAUUCUGUAAUUUUGCCCAGAAUGUGAUUGCUUUCAGUAUUCUUAACCUCAUCAGCCCCCUAAGUUACUCUGUCGCAAAUGCUACAAAAAGAAUCAUGGUCAUCACUGUGUCCCUUAUAAUGCUUCGCAAUCCGGUUACAAGCACCAAUGUUCUUGGAAUGAUGACAGCUAUUUUAGGGGUCUUCUUGUAUAACAAGAUGUUAACAGCUAGCAGAACAAAAACGCAGAAUGCGUGGCAUACAACUUCAUUGCAGGGGAGACAAAAUACGAUGCAAACCAAGAAGCAAAGAAGCAGCUACUUCCAGUUACAACUGGAGACCUUGUCAAUUUGGACCGGCAUCGAAACACUCCUGAAAAGUCUCAGAAUGGACUUGCGGCAUUUGCACAACAUGGAGACUAUCAGUAUGGUCGAACCAAUAUCUUGGCAGACCACUUCCAGUAUAAUCGGCAAAACUAUCCAACUACCUACAACUUAAAUCGUUUUGAUAUAUAGAAUCCUGGCAAACAGGUAUAGACUGUGAUAUCAAAGUGUCCCCAACAUUAUCAGAAACUUUUAGUACAUCCAUGAAUGUAAAGCCAUUUUAUUGUACAGGUUUUGCAGAAGGGAAGAUGCAUGUGUAGUGAAAGCAGUACAGACCUUCAACUUCUGCUAAGCAGACCUUUAAACCCGAAACAGCUAGGUCUGACACUGGAACUGAAUGCGCAGUGUAGCUUUUGUACAGAGAUUCUGGUGAAAUGCACGUACAAAACUUCAGAGUAAAAUACCUGCUGUCACUGCUCCUUUUCAGAGUCUGUCAACUGACUGUUCUUUUGGCAGCUAAAUUCUGGCCAGUAUUUUGCUUCCACGCUGGUAAUGUCACCUUUAAUUUGUUCCCUGAUCUGUUGUAAUGAUACUUAGGUGAAACUUUCAGAAAGAAGUGAAACUAAGGCGUACUGGUUAUCCGGAUUUGUCUGCCUGAGGAGGAUUGACUUGCGUAUAUCAGUUGCAGAUAGGUAGACCUGAAUUCAUCUUGAGCAACUACGAAACUUCGUGUGGGUAUUAAUUACUUUUGUGCCUAUGCCUUCAGUUUUUGAUCACAAAACAGAAGUGUUUCUGAAAGAGUAGACAGUAGAAAGAUUGAUCUCUGAGAAACGUACUUCAGGCAUAGAGAAACAGAAUUCUCUAAAAUCACUGUUGUCCCAGUCGCUCUAGAUAACAAACGGAGCUUAAGAUCAUAAUUGUUUUCUGAAUAAUAUAGUCCUGUAAGUUCAGACAUUGCUCUUCCUUGGCAAUACAGAAAACACCUUCACAAAUAAAGUAUUUGGAAUAAUACAAUUAUUUUUUUUUACUUGUUUCACACAUGUUCUUACAAAACUUUUGUUGCUUUAGAAUUGAAAGGGUUAAGGUGUUUUCUUCUCAGUUUUAUGCAUAAAUUUAUGCUCUCUUAUAUGAUUCAUAUAUUAUGAAUGCAUUGAUUUGAAUAAUCAUCAUUCUUAAUUGUUUCUUAAGUCUAUCUUUUUAGCCCCUAAUUGUUUUUUUUAAGUUUCUUAAUUACUGCUAUUGGAGUUGCUGUGCACAUUUAGCCUGACUUCCACUUUCUGCUGAAAGAAGUUAAAUUUUGUGUCCUGCUCUGCUCCUGCAACUCCCCUAGCUCGAAUAGUAAAUUGUUAAGAAAAAAAAUAAUGUUUGAGUCAGCAGUAAAUAGAUAAUUUAUGGUUAAGAAGAACUGAUUCAGUUAGUAUAAAUGAACGUACUUAAGUGGAUUUUUGUGCGUCAGGUACUGCAUUUGUGCAUGAAAGGAACGAAGCCAGUUGGAACUUGGGUUUCACUGAAUCAGAUUGUUACUGUUAUUGCUUUAGCAGAAGAAAAUUUUAGGGGCCUUCUUUCCUUAACAGAAAAACUGUUGUACAGUGAGAUUUUUGAUAGCAUAAGUAUUAUGUUUUUACUAGAGAGGUAUUAGAUACCAGUGACAAAAUUUAGGGUGUGGUACAGAACACUCCACUUAUUUAUUGCUUUAAAAAUGACCAUUUCUGUGAUGUGAGAUGGCGAUUUGGCUCCUUUCUGGAUAAUAAAGACUUUAAGUGCAAACUCAACCUGAUCUUAUUCUUUUGGCUGACUGUGGAGGUAGUUACAUAGAAUGCCUUCCAUCGUACAGUCCAAAAGAGAACAUGGUCCUUCUGAAACUUCAGAGAUGUGUUAAAUAUGCUGCUAAUGUUGAUGAGCAGAACUUCCUUGACUUGACUGGAGUUGAAUCUGUUCAUGCUAGCUUAGAAUUUGGGCUUUUAGUUUAGAAAAUCUAAAUAAAUUAUUCCCUAACCCAGGUUAAUGAGAACAAGGUAAUGAGGAAAAGCAUUCUUUCAGAUGAAAUUUCUUUUGCCUGUUCCAGUAUUAAUUUAUGAAUAAUGAUUUCUUUUUAAUGUGGGAAAGUGCAAAAUGUGUAGCUAAGGUUUGCUUUCCAAUAUUUAAGUGCUUUUACAUAAAUGUAAAAGGGAUUGUGUGGACUCUGGAUUUGGUUUAGGUUCUGGCUCUGCAAAAGACUGAUUUGAGGAUGAGAUACUGAGGCUGAGAUUUUUAAGUGGGGCUGAAGUUCUCUAACUGCUUUCAAAGGGAGCUAGCUAUAAACUGUUAGACUCCUGCAAACGCUUAAUUGUGUUCUUUGUACCUCAGUUUCCCAUUUGGAAAAUGGAAAUGAUUCUUCCCUACUUCAUAGUGGAGGCCAAUACCAGAAAAAAAGUAGCAGUGGGGGCCCCAAGGGAUGUACAGGCAUACUAGGAGUUCAUCUGUACAUCUUCUGGUAUGGCCACCGCUGUGCCAUCUUCAUACAACCUGAACUGUUACUCAGAAUAAAGCUCCGCAUACUUUAUUCACAGAUCAGAGGCUUUAUUAAAUACAUUUAGAUGGUUUCCUUUUAAAGAGCAUAACCAGAUCUUUUUUGCAACUGUUUUCAGAGAAAGCUUGCACUGCACACUUCCUGUGGCAGCUCUUUAGCUCAGCUUUUUCCAUCAAGAGUACGGUAGCAGGUGAGGUUUAAAACACCUAAAUUGUGGUCUAGGCUUGUGGCCUCGCUGUGUCUGAAACAAAUGUACUGUACUUGCAGGGCAAAAAGGGACCAACCCAAAAUGAGGCUAUCAUCCGUUUAGGGCCUGGAGAGUGAAUCUCUUUCCUGGAGACUGCCUGGCAGUGUUCCUGCUCUUCUAGUUCAGGUCUGCAGUCCACAGGCAUAAUUUUAUAUAGUAGAACAUAUAAUUAAAACAGUUAAGUGAAUCGGUUACAAAGAGGUGGUUUUGCUGAGUACCUGAAUCUGAGUCCUUAAGCAAUAUUGCCCACCUUCAGGUAAAGGAAGUUUCUGAUACUGUUGUAAUAUAUAUUUUAACUUGGGCAAAAUUUUGUUUGGCAAGGUGAAACAUUUGAUUUAACAUGGUUUGUAAAUUAAUGACGUAUUUAACUAUGUACAUAGAUCUGUAGAAAGUAUGGAAACACUGGAAUAAAAAGGGCAUAUCUAGACAAUCGUGUAUAAUGACCCUGUUAUUAAAUCAAAGUGAAGGGGGUUGGUUUGGGUUUUUUCCUUGCAGGAAGCUUCGGGAGUGCCACACAUUAGUAGUAAUGGCCAUUUGUGAGAAAUUGGGUUAAUGUUUUGCUGUAUGGGUGCGAUACCUUACCGUAUGGUUAUGUAGACUGAAACUGCGAUGAUUUGGAUGCCAUAACUAGUGUUAGGACACUACUGACUGGUAUCCUUAGAAAUGUUUUGAUUGCCACCAUGCAUUUCUAAUAUACAUGUAAAUACAUCACAAAAUUGAGAAAUUCUUCCCCAAACAGUCCUGGAUAGUUCUAGAAAUACCAGUGUGAAAGAAACCAAUCUCCCCCCACUACCUGUGGGGUUUCUGUUGAUAGCUCUGUAGAGUAUUUGGUGCUCUUUGAAGAUCUCUUGAAAAUAUUUCCCUUGCAGUUUUGAUUUUCAUACCCAGUAGUGAUUUGAGCAUCUUUAUCAUCUGGUAAAAUGCUUGUGUUUUUUAAAUACCUGAAUGCUAAAUAAAAUUGAGGCAAUACUUAGGCUUCGUAGGUGUACAGUGACUUGUAAAAAUAGUGUUGGUAAUUUGGGGUCAACUCAUGAUGAUGCCUGAAGCUCAAGACCUUUUCUUUCUCAUGUGUGUUUAAGCCCACAUUUUUCUGAUGUAGCAUUUUGCAGCAGAAGAAACUUCUGCCAUGUAGCUAUUUGUGAAAAAGGUGCAAUAUAAAUAAAGGGAAAGUUUUGUUUUUUCUAAGGCUUCCAUUUCUGAACUAUGUUGUAAGCUGUUAAAAAUAAUUCUGGGAUAUCUUUGUGGUGAUGGUACAGGCUGGUAUAACAAAUUUGUUAAUCCUGAGAUCCCAGGUGUAUGAUACAAUCACGUUAUGUAGAUAUGCAAGUGCAAAUACGCAGGUGGCAGUCACCACCCUUUUUUUUGUUUGUUUUUUAUGUUGGUACUCUACAAAUGGAUGUGAAUAUGGGUGAUUUUACAAAAAAACCCUCACGCUCCUUACGGCAUGACAUCUGGCACUUAAGCAAAUGAAUGCUUUUGUAUUGUUUUUCUGUUCUUACCUCAUCUCUAUCGUUC